UAUACUCAGACACACCAUGAACAGACACACAGAAAGACCUCUUCUGGAGCUGCUGGGGGACAAAAUGUGGCUGCGAGAUGAACUUUUGAAAUCAAUAUGGCACGCCUUCACAGCACUGGACGUGGAUCAUCGUGGAAAAGUGUCCAAAUCUCAGUUAAAGGUGCUGUCUCACAACAUAUGCACAAUGAUGAAGAUCCCUCACGACCCUGUGGCCCUGGAAGAGCAUUUCAAAGACGAUGAUAAGGGGCCUCUGUCAAACCAGGGCUACAUGCCUUACCUCAACAGGUUUAUCCUUGACAAGGUACAGAAGGAUUUUGAUGUCAUGGAGUUCAACAAGAUGUGCUGGACUCUGUGUUACAAGAAAAAUAUCUGCAUUAAAAAUCUACCCAUCUCAGAUGACGAUGCUUUCAAAGUCUGGUGCAUUUUCAACUUUCUAUCAGAAGACAGAUACCCACUAGUCAUCGUUACCGAAGAGAUUGAGUACUUCCUACGAAAGCUGACAGAGGCCAUGGGCAGCGGGUGGAGUGAGGAGAAAUUUGCAGAUUAUAAUCUCCAGCUGCAUGCAAAGAAGAACUGCCUGACUGCUUGGGAGCUGAUUGAACUGGUGGGGAUGAGUUACUUUAGCAAGGUUGUUGACCGCCAGACCCUGUCUAUGGGCAUCAAUGAGGUCUUCCAGGAACUCAUACUGGACGUCCUCAAGCAGGGGUACGUGAUGAAAAAGGGCCACAAAAGGAAGAACUGGACGGAUCGCUGGUUUGUGCUUCGCCCUAACUCACUGUCCUAUUAUGUCUGUGAGGAUCUGAUGGAGCAGAAAGGAGACAUCACUCUGGACCAAAGCUGCUGUGUGGAGUCUCUGCCAGAUAAAGAAGGGAAGAAAUGUCUGUUUAUAAUCAAGUGCUCUGAUAAAAGCUUGGAGAUCAGUGCAUCGGACAAAAAGAAGAAACAGGAAUGGAUUCAAGCUAUCCAGACGUGCAUCCAGCUGCUGAGGUUGGGGCUGCUGUCUCCUCACCGUGAGGCGCGGCUGAGGCGCAGGGAGCUUCGUCAGAAGCAGCUGGCCGAGGAGGAGGACCUGGUGGAGAGGAUGAAGCAGCUCCAGGCGGCCAAUGAGCACAAGCAGAGACAGCUGGAGGCGAUGAGGAAGAAAAUGGACGAGGCUGCGGCCGAAGCUGCAGUGGAGGAGGGAAGAAGAAAGAAAACUCAGUUAGACCUGCAGGAUCGCUACAAACUGGACCUGGAGAGAGAGAAAAUGGUGCGUCAGCAGAUGGAGGAGCAGGUGGCUCAGAAGUCGAGUGAACUGGAGCAGUACCUACGGCGUGUCCGGGAGCUGGAGGACAUGUACCGCCGGCUGGAGGAGGCGCUGGAAGACGAGAGGCAGGCCAAGCAGGAUGAAGAGGCCAUGCACAAGCUGCAGGCCAGGUUGCUAGAAGAGGAGACAGCGAAGAGGUCAGAGCUGGAACAGAUCCACCUGCAGCAGCAGAGGGCGCUGUCUCAGACCGAGGCUGAGAAGCAGGAGCUGGUGGCCGAGCAGCUGACCAAGGAGAAGGACCUGCAGGCGGCCAUGCUGCAGCUGGAUAGACUGGAGACGGAGCGGCGAGGAGCACUGGAGCAAUACGAGGAGGUGACAAAGAAGCUGGAGCGAGCUGCAAACAAAACAAAGACCUGGAAGGAUAAGGUGGCCAAACACGAGGGGCUGGUGCGUCUCAUCCAGCCAGGUCAUAAAGGGCCUCAGAGGAUGACUAACUGGGGCCCGGCUUCAUUCACCGAUGCUGAGCUGGAGCUGAGGAAGAAGUGGUGGCAGGAGAAGAAGAAACAGGACGCUCAAACUCAGUGAACAUGACAGCUGGAUGACAGGAUGAUGAUGAGGAAUCUGACUGAAAUGAACACUGGAGCCAAAAGUGAGAGCCAUUGGAGAGGUUUGAUAACAUUAGCGUACAGAGCAACACAAUAGCUGCCAAGAAAACUGUUCAAGUAAUUUGAUUUGUAUUGAUUUCAAAAGUACAGCUGGGAUUAACUACAUUACAUCUACGUUACGUUUUUUUUUUUAUUGUAACCAAAAAACACAUUUCCAGUGUUCAAGGUCAUUAUUUAUCUGGGGGAAAAAAAUCCUCUUUAGUCAAGUUCCACUUCCUGUUUUUUUUCUGGAGCUUUGUCUUCAUCAGGAGAUGAUGAUGACAGCUGACAUGUCUCUGUGAAGACUGGACAAACGCCAUUGAAUGAAAAAAGGAGAAUAAGAGCCCUUAAUUAAAAUGUAUUUCAUCAAAAGUCAAUUUUAGUUUUUCUUUCACAAGUUUAUCUUUUUUUUAUUUAAUGUGCUGUGUUAAAAUAACUACUUUUUCUUGUGUUUUUCUCACAACAUGAUUAUAGGGAUUAGCAGAUAAGGGAAAUUCCUGACUAUUUUACUGAUAUGUGGCAGAGUAUAAACAAAAGAUAAGCUUCCACUGUAGUAGUGUUUAUCAGCUGGAGUUUGCAUCUGUUACUGUUUCAAGUUGUUAAAGAAAUAAAACUCAACAAUUGUUGUU